AUGCCCAACAGCGCUGGAAAGAGAUUUAAACCCACCAAAUACAUCCCAGUGUCCACUGCAGCCACGCUCCUGGUGGGAUCGACCACUUUAUUUUUCGUCUUCACGUGCCCCUGGUUGACGAAGGUAGUGUCCCCCGCCGUGCCGCUCUACAAUGGCCUGGUCUUCCUCUUCGUGUUGGCCAACUUCAGCAUGGCAACCUUCAUGGACCCCGGCGUUUACCCCAGAGCCGACGAGGACGAGGACAAGGACGAUGAUUUCCGGGCCCCGCUCUACAAGAAUGUGGAGAUCAAGGGCAUCCAGGUGCGGAUGAAGUGGUGCGCCACCUGUCACUUCUACAGGCCGCCUCGCUGCUCGCACUGCAGCGUCUGCGACAACUGUGUGGAGGACUUUGACCACCACUGUCCGUGGGUGAACAACUGCAUUGGGCGGCGGAACUACCGCUACUUCUUCCUCUUCCUGCUGUCGUUGAGCAUCCACAUGGUGGGAAUUUUCUCCUUCGGCCUCAUCUUCGUUCUCCACCACCGCGAGAGGCUGGCGGCGUUGCACACCACUGUCACUCUGGUGGUGAUGUGCAUAUCAGGGCUUUUCUUUAUUCCAGUCAUGGGACUCACUGGUUUCCACAUGGUCCUUGUUGCUCGAGGUCGAACGACCAACGAACAGGUGACGGGCAAGUUUCGCGGAGGAGUAAAUCCCUUCACCAAGGGUUGCUGUGGCAACGUGGAGUAUGUCUUGUGUAGUCCCCUCGCGCCGAGGUACAUGUUUGAUCCCAGGAAAAAGCCCCACGUCAAAAUCCAGCCCCCGUUCAUCAGACCUGACCUGUCAGAGAGGCAAAUCACCAUCAAGCUCAGCGACAACGGCAUCCACAGCUCCAUCAUCAGCUCCAAGUCCAAAAGCAGCCUGGACGGCUUUGAAGGGAAGGAAACCCAGCCGCCGCUGCCUCCAAAAGCUGACCGGUACAACCAGCUGAAGAAACAACUGACCUCCGGCGAAGAUGGCAAGACCCACCCUUCCACUCCAGCCAUGUACAAAUUCAGGCCGACCUUUGGCACCAUGCCUAAAGUCCACUACCACACUGCCGGAGAGAAGAUCGUCAUGCCAGACGAGCGGAAGAGCUCGGCCAUCUUGGAAGAGGGCGUGCGCGGUCACGACUACCGAUCUGAGCCCAACCUUGACCUGCCCGAGUACACCAACACUCCUCUCCACCGCACCUUCCAGUCCUCUCCCCUGCAGCUGGACGCUGACCCCAUCAACUCGCACUCCCUCAGCCUGAAGCCGGGCCCCCGUCGGCUGGAGAAGGGCCAGCUCUCCGCCCUGCAGCCGCAGACCGUCACCUCCACCCCGUACAAGAACGUCUUUUCGCCCAACACGCUCUCCAACCGCAAUGGCAGCUUGUCUUACGACAGCUUGCUCAACCCCAGCAUCUCGCCGGCCUCGGCCAGUGAGUGCAUGGCCCAUCGUGGCAUGCCCACCGUCGGGUUCCACUCGCCCUACCUGCCCACCAAAAUGUGCCACAUCCGGGAACCUGACAUGCAGAGGCACCAGGUCACCCCCGCCUACAGCCCAGUGAUGCCGCCCAGGGGGGUGGGCCGGCAAUCCCCCCACCUGAGGGACAGGGACCCAUCCCCGGUGCGCUACGACAACCUCUCCCAGACCAUCAUGGCCUCCAUCCAGGAACGAAAGGAGAUGGAGGAGAGGGAGAAACGCCAGAUGCUGCACGGGCGCUCCCAGACCCACAUCUACGCCCAGGACUCUGGCGUGUUCGAUGGGGGCUACGGCCUGCCCUCCAGCGCUUGCUACCCGGACGGGCCUCGUGGCCCUGGCUCCAGAGGCCCAACACCCCCAGCUUACGGAGGUUCCAGGGACAACCUGAUGGGGGUCGGCCUGGUGAGCUACGGGCAGCGAACCCCGGUUUUGCGGCACGCCGGCUCCACGCUGGGUCGCGCCCCUCGGACUUCGUCCACCUCCCUGCACACAGAUCACAGUAGCAGCAACAGCAGCCAGAGCAGGGCCACUGGCCCCGAGGGCCUCUACCGCUCCCCGGCCCACCAGCCCCACUCCCCCGCUAUGCCCCGAUCCCCCUCCUACUCCCACCAGAAACUCUCCUACAUCAGCGCCCACGAGAGGAUGGACUCCCCUCGUCUGGGGGGCCCAAGAGAGGCCAUGAAACUUAACGGGCAGAUGGAAUGCCACCCCGGUGCCCAGGGCUCCGGCGUCAGUCCCAGUCGCCACGGUAACGUCAAAAAGGUGACUGGUGUUGGAGGCACCACAUACGAGAUAUCGGUGUGAGGCCACCUCCGAUGACAACGACACCCCCCGCCGCCCCCCUUCCUCCUCCUCCCCCACCCCGCGAAGAGACUCUCUCCUACCAUUUUAGUCGAGAUGACGGCGUGUUUAAGAUCUCUUGUCCCACCAGAGGGUCUCUGCCCUGGUGUGUCUACCCAGACGCCUGUGUGUGUGUGUGUGUGUGUGUGUGUGCUCGUACCAGAGUGGUGGUUUGUCAGGUCAACAGUACACUGUGCAGUACGUGUGAGGCGUGUCUGGUCCUCUUAGCCGUAAGAGAGGAGCGUUAACGGUAUUACUUCUGUCUCUCUGUUGCGGUUAUGAAGCCUUAGUUGUUUCCCGAAUGUCGCGCAAACGCGUCUCUAGCUAGCGCAGGAGGAAACGCUGACGUCCUCUCGCUGUGGACUCCUUCGCCGGAGACUAGCGUCCUUCCCGAGUCAUUUGACCUCAAGGAGUCAAGGUGCUGCACGUGAACCCUUCAUGCAUCUCCAGCGUAGCUCUGAGGAGUGAGGCCGAUCCGUUAGAUCAGCAAUGGCAGGACAGACAGGACCAUUGAGGUGAUAAGCCGGGAGAAAGGGGUUAUUUAUAGUGGGGGGGGGGCGGGGGGCAUCGUAUCAUGUCUGGUGGUUGCGUUCCAAAUUCAUUGGGAAACACGUGUUGUUGUUUAAACACAAAAAUAAAAAAAUGUAAUUCCUCCUUUUUCAAACUAAUUUCUCAGGAAUGAAUGCAACCAGCAGAGAUGCUAGUUGAUGUAAAUGAAGGGGCUUUGAAUGGCUCCGUCUUUGCUGUAUUCGUAGGGCUCGGGUAUAGCUGAGCCCCCUGUAUUCACUUCCCGAGGGGGCAGCGCAUCAUCAGAGGACUCUGUCGGUCUUGGUGGAGUUCCAUUUUUUCAACAUGGCGCCCUGAAAGGUUUGAAUACCUCAUCCCAAGGAGUUCAGAACGAGUCUAGCCUCGCACAACCAAAACAACCUUCUGUUUACGUUUUGUCAUCAACAACGACUUUCGUGUGUAAGUUGUUAGUGUUAUAUCAAUAGGAAUAGAAAGGUGUAGAGAAACAAGCCAUUGUCCCAUGUAGUAAAAUGAACCCAUUUAUUAUUUUGUAGGUUUGUUUUCUUUUUAAAGCCAGCCAUUUAAAAUCUUUGAUACAUUUUUUAUAGUUAAUUGAUCCUGGAAUGGAUGUUUUUUUUUGAGUGCUAUAUUGAGUCUUUGGUUGAUAAAUUUAUAAAUUGAGUUUAUAAAUUAGGUCAUUAUAAUGGGAAGAAAUCCAUGAAGUAAAUAUAGCUUAUUCUACCUUCAUAGUGUAAAGAAAAAAGGGUAUGGUGAUAAUUACCAGUUCUGUGGUUUGAGAAAGGGAAAUACUAUUCCGUCGUUGCCUCGGUCUUUGAAUAGCCAAUGGGUGCGGUAGUCGAGGUUUGGGCUUUGAAAAGUUGUCACCUUGAGAUUUCAGAGCCCAAAGUGGCUCUGACACAGUAAAUGGGGAACAUUGCUACUAUGUCAGUGACGUCACAAGGACUGAAGAUGUCCAACCAAGCAAGUCGCAGCAGCUGUCUGGUACAGCUUCAGUAAUACCCGAUACCCACAGAUGGAAAACUUUUUUUUUUGUGUUUGUUUUGCUGUUAAACAAAAAAUAAAAAUGUGUUACUUUUGACCAUAAAAAUGAACUGAUAAUAUCCAAGGAGAUGGUUUUAUUUAUAUCUGGCACCAACUGAGUGAAGUAAUGAAAGCAUGCAGAACUGUACGUGCAUAUAAAUUGGUAGAUGUGUUCCAGCUGCAUUGGCACGAAGAAUGAACCAUUGUUGCCUUUUAAGAAAAGCUACAUUUCACACGAGGACGGACGUAUGGCUCGAUGAAACCCGGCUGUACGCUAAGGGACAAUGUGGUAACAUUAGUCCUUUGUAUGGAGCAGAAAAUGACAGACUGGGUAAGAAAGGCCAACUUACAAGGUGAUAGAUGAUCUCGCUUUAUUAUGAAUUGACAUUACUUUUUACAGGAUCUUUAUUCUUCCCAUUUCUGCUGCAUUCAUAAAUUCCUUUCUCCUGAGUGAGCGGUAGAUUCUGUCCCUGUCAAGGUCGGCGGUUAUCAAAAGUCACUAGUUUCUACCGUCUCUCCAAGGUCUCACUCAGCUGCCUUACCAUGAACACAGUAAUGUGAAGUAACAGGAUACUUUAUUAAAGUCGUGCAUUUUGGAAUUGUUAAUGGUUUCUGUGGGAAGGCUGCAGCGUACUGGUAUACUUUGAUGGUGGUAAAUGUGAUGUGAUCAGUUCAACAGCUAAACUGGAAGAUCUUAAAUACAUGAAAAAGAGCGUCAGCUGCUAAGUUUUCUGAAAAUACGCCAUUUCGUCUUGACCACAUAAAAACACUAUCGAUGUCAUUCCUCCUAAAGAUGACUGCCAUUAGUCCAAUGCUCUUUUUUUGGGAUGGACAUCACUGCCAGUCAGGGAUCCAUUCCUGACGGUCUAGUGGAUCCGUUUUGUUUUAAACUUUAAAAUAGAAAUUUCAACAUGUAUCAAAAUAUAGAAUAUACUAUAAAAUGUAUGAGCUAUUUUUGUGAAGAGGAAAUAUUUCCCAAUGAUUUGAACAGAGUAAAUAAAGUUUUCCAACUCUGA